ACCAUGAUAGUUAACUCCUAAAACACAGCAUCACUCCGAUGUGGGUCAAGUGCAGCUCCUAAUGGAAUUUUGUAGAUAACAUUAAUUCAUAUCGAACGAAAAUAGCAACCGAUGAAAAUAGUCGGCGUAAAUAUUUUCCAGCAGGUAUACUUAAGUCCGCGAAAGACAUUAUCGUACAGUUUGAUUCGCAUGUGGAGCUGUACGGACGCACAAUGUUAGAUUACCACAUGUCUAUGGGAAUGUUCACGCUUACAAUUGAGUACCUACGAAUUACAAAUUUUUGGAAUUACAAUUUGUACCAAAAUAUGAAUCAGUAUUCUAUAAUAAUCUAUGCUGGGUGUAGGAUGGAAUUUAUCGUGAUAUAGCCCUAACAUUUCAUUUUGUAUCACACAUCCAUCGAGAUUAACGGAUCGCUUCGCAGAAAUCUCGAAGAACUUCUUAAACUAAUGCUCGUAAUAUGGUGCAAGGAGAACCAAGCCCUUAAGCUAGUGGCAGGAAAACCAAAUGAUGCUGAUAAAUCGAUAAUUAUCCAACGACGCGGGGGCCAGUUCGGUUUUCGUAUGCAUGGAUCCAGGCCAGUUCUAAUUUCCGCAAUUGAACCGGAGACCCCUGCGGAAUCGUCCGGGCUGGAGGUUGGCGACGCCAUAGUCGCGAUUAAUUCGAUCAACGUGCUCGAUAAAAGUCACUCCGAAGCCAUUGAAAUCGUAAGAAGCGCUGGCGAUACUGUAACUCUUGAGGUUUUGAGCACAUGUACCGUACUCAAUCCAGACAAAAUCGAAGAGAAUGACGACGAGGAAGACUCCCUAUACUGUGGUUACAUAUGGAAACUGGCAGGAUAUGCCAGUGGUCUACCCUCGGACAAGUGGUUGCGCCGAUGGUUCACCAUCAAAACCGACAAUUGCUUAUACUACUAUAAAACUGACUCGGACGACCACCCUGUGGGUGCGGUCAUGCUUAUGAAUUACGAGGUUGCAAAAGAUUGUGAAAACCAUGAUCAAACAUUCCGUUUCGAUUUACGAAAAGACGACGCACCUACUCUACAUUUAGCUGCAGAUACUCAGCAAGGAGCUGACCGAUGGAUUGAAGCGCUGGUACAAACUGUGGACCGUUGCCAACUGCAAGAUCGCCGCGUCGAACAAGUAAAAUGGAAUCAAUUAUUGGAACCCGGCGCGAUCAUCAGUCCAGACUGUUUCGGCUAUUUAAUGAGGUUGGGACAUACGUCUUCUAACAGGAGAUAUUGCAUUCUAAAAGAUGGGUGUUUAUACUUUUAUUACGACAUCCAUUCGCAGAACGCAUUUGGGGUUGUCUGCCUUUACGGGUAUACAGUGCACGAAUCAACAGAUCAAUCGAUCAACUUCGCCUUCGAAGUCUUACCAGGAGAUUUAGGUCAGAAGCCUUUAUAUUUUUAUACAGAAACUGAGCAGGACCAAAAAAGGUGGAUAACAGCAAUAGAAUAUUCUAUUAAACAGUCUCAAUGUCUUCAAAUGAAGUAAUAAUAUGUCAUUUUUGUAGUUGAAUAAAUUGUAAAAUAGAGACUACACGUAUAGGUA